GAAAACAAAAAAAAUAUAUAUAUAUAUAAAUAUAUGACAUACACAAUAGCAAGAUAUUAUAAGAAAAUAUUUCCAGCAUAUACAUAUAUAUAUUUUUUGUAGCCAUCGUUUUGCAUACUCAGUUUAUUAUCGUUUUAUUACGAAAAUAAUGAGAGGGGGAGAAAAAGGAAAAAGAAAAGAAAAAAGGAAAAAAAAAAAAGAAAACAUAUACUAUAUUAUAUUCUCAUUAUUUUGCAUACUUUUCAUCAUUUGAUCGCAUCAAAUUUCUUCGCUCAUGAAAAUCGUAAAAACGUUUGGAAGGGAUAAAAGAAAGGAAAAAGAAAAAAAAAAAAAAAAAAAGAAACAAAAAGAAAAGAAAGAAAGAAAGAAUGAAAGAAAAUGAUUUCCCAUUUAAUGACGAUAAGUUGUCCAACUGCUUUCACUCAUUUAACUUGCAUCGAUCUUUGUUUACCUCUCAACAUGCACACGAUCCGCCCUCGAAAGAGUUGAUAAACAAAAGAAAGCUUCGCAAACCGGUCGGUAGGCCCGAAAGGGAAGCGGAGAUAACUAAUAAGAAGAAAACGAAUCAACAGGACGACGAAGAAGUCGACAGGGAGAAGUCGCCGAUGUGUACGAGCAAGGAACUGCUUAAGCUGGAAGGGAAGAAAAAGUUGAGCGUCUCAUCAUCUUCGUCUUCGUCUUCGUCCUCAUCUUCCCCCACUUAUUCCGAUGCCGAGCUGGAAAACGACGAAGAAAAUAAAAACGGCCGACAAAAAGUAAUCGAGGAAAGUGACGGAAACAGGCCAUUGGCGGAGGAAGAGAAAAAUGCACAACGUAAUCUCAUCGUACCCUGGAAAACUACUCGGAUCAUCGAUAAAGAUCAGAAUCGAGAAAUGAAUUGUGAGGAGGAAGAAACUUUACGAUCGAAGGAUUACGUUGCCGGUGAUGCUGAGAAAAAGAGAUUAGGCAAACAAGUUUUGAAUGAACGUAAAAGUCUUGAAGAUCCUCUAGGUGGUUACGCUUUGGGUAGAGAGGUCACGGAUUAUGCGAAAAUUAUUCUAAAAACAACGGUGGAUAAAACGAACGAGGAGCAACAGCCUUGUAUAUCCGACAAAAAGGAACCUAAACUCGAUAACAAUGAAAAUGAAAAUAUUCGAAACACGUUACCUGAUGACGCUGCUGCUUUUAACGCAUCCUACGAUGUUUCAAAAUAUUCCAACGUAGGAAAUUAUCAAAGAAAAAAUAAUAAGAAUCCAUUGACAGAAAAAUUAAGUAGCAUUCGUCAAGGUAUGAAAGAUUUUUGCACUAACGUCGAUAAAUUCGUCGAGGAGAACAAUAUCGUAAUAAAAAAUGGAAACGUCGAAGGAUUUUGGAAAGACGAUAAUAUUAAUAAAAACAACGAUAAUCCAUCCGUGAGUGUACAACAUCAGUCUGAUAACGAGAAUGAUUCUAAUAAAGAAAUAUUCGAAGGAUGUUCUAUCGACGAAAAUAGUAAUACAAAAGUGAAAGAGACAUUAUCGAAUGAAUUAAUUAACUUGAUAGAUGAAAAUCGAGAAAUUGUUGAAUUAAAUAUCGAUAAAGAUCGGAAUAAUGAUAAUAAAAAUGAUAAUAAAAAUGAUUCGUCAGGAUCCGAGAGUGUAUAUGAUUUAUUGUCUUUAAAAGUUUCACCUAAAAUCUUAUUAAAUACCAAUACAACGAAAUCGUCCGACGAAAUGAGAGACGAGAAUAAUAAAAAUACUAAUUGUAUGAAAUUAAUUUCUACGGAAAAUGAUAAAAUUAUUACGAUCGAAGAUAAAGAUUUAACGUUAGAAAAAUCUAACGUUUCUUUGGCCGUAAAAUGUAAGGAACAUUUGAUGAAACAAGCUAAGACAUUUACUCAAAAGAAAUCACCAUUGCUCGAGGAAUGUAUCGAUAAAUUGAUUAACGAUAAUGAACAAGACGAUAAUAAUCGUAAAAAACGUUGGAAUUCUUGGUACAAUGAUUCUCUUUCUAAUCCAAGAUCAGUUUUCACUGAAGCUUUCGAGAAUUUUUAUAAAACAAAAUCUCCGUCUGAUAAAAAUAUUGGCAUGAACGUUGACACGAGAAUACGAUCGCAUUACAGAGAUGUUUCAGGUGAUAUUCCAAAAUCUGAUCUAUGUGCUAUUGCCGAUCUCGUUAAAAGAUCCGAGAACGAUGGAAGAAGAUACGAUCAUGCGAAUCUUUACAAAGAAUUUUGCGAACAUUAUGAGGAAUUGCAAAGUAAACAAAAGUACGCCAUAAUACCGGAUUUUUUAAAGAACGAAAAGGACGAUAAGGAACUCGUACGAUCUGACGAUCGAACUGAUGAAAAUUCGAAUGAUAAAAGGGCAUUGAUCGAAGAUAUUACGGAACAAUCGACGAAUUCAUUCGAGCUCGAGGAUAAAAAGAAUUUUGAAGAAAUGUGAACAAUUUUCGCGGUUUUUUUUUUCUCUUUUUUUUCUUGUUUCGCUUUGCUUUUUUCUCCUUUUGCUUUAAUCAAUUAAUUCUCUUAUUAGUUUAAUUUGUGUGAUCAUUGGUUUUUUUUUUUAAACAAUAAAUAUAUAUAUAUAUAUAUAUAUAUAUAUCCUUCGUGAUACAAAGACAUUUGGACAUUUUUUUUCUUUUCUUCGAAUUACAACAACAAAUUUAACAAUAAAAGCAGACGACAAAAUUUUGGACAAUACCAAAAAAGACGGGCCUCCUGCUACGUACAGUUUAUUUUUCUUUUUUUUCUCUCUCUGCUUUUUUCUUUUGCUGCUUUUCCUUUCUUUGCUUGUGUUUUUUGUUUUUUUUUUGUUCACUCUCACAUCGAUAAUAUAACGAUGAGAAUAAUGA